GCCACUCCUGAGGGUUUUGGUGUUGAGAAAUUCUUCAUUGGCUUACUCCCUGCUAUAGAGCCCGACCAGGCCCGUAGCCAACAUGGCCAAAACCAAGACGAAAGCAAAUUCCCGGCAAAAAGACAUCCUCCGCUCCACGACCUCCCCGCUCGUGAAAAGCGUUCCCAAAAAGUCGCAGAAGUCGAUUGAAGACCUUCUCACGGAGGCCGCCGAACUCCUCGAACAGUCUCAGCCCGAACUGGCGCUCCCGCUUGCCGAAGAAGCGCUAAAGAGGCUCGAAGCCGAACGUCAAGAACAGCAUGCUCCCAAGGAGGACGAGAUCGAUAUUGACGACCUGCUCUCCCUGGCCGCACAAGGCGUACCUACCCUGCCGUCUGUCCUUACACUGAACGCCGAAAUCCAAGUUGCACUAGGAGAUGUCGAGUCCGCACGACGAAACUUCACUCGCGCGACGCACAUCGAUAAAGACGGGGCACUUAUAUCGGCGGAGCCGUGGCUAUGGCUCGCGCAGCUGUGCGAAGAAGGCGGGGCCGAGAGUAUCAAGUACUUUGAACAGGCGUGCGAGGUGCUCCGGAAUGAGAUCGAGGUCCUCGAAGAGGCGGUCAACGAGAUGGAUACCGGUUCCGACGGGGAUGCGGGGACGAAGCGGGUGCUCGACGAGAAGAAAUCGAAGCUGGCAGAUGCGCUCUGCGCCAUGGCGGAGGUCUACAUGACCGACCUGUCGUGGGAGAACGACGCGGAGUCGCGGUGCGAGUCGCUCGUCACGGAGGCCGUGGCCGUGUGCCCCGAGUAUCUGAGUGCGGGCGUGCUCCAGACAUUGGCGAGCGUGCGGAUCAGCCAAGAACGGAUAGAGGACUCUCGAACGGCGCUGAAGAGAAGUCUUGACAUCUGGUGGAAGGACGUGUCGUCUACCUCGAGCGACGAGGGUCCCAAAGAGAGCGGCAGGGCAGAGGGCGGGGAGGAGGGCACCGUCGUGGGAGGAGGAGAAGAUGGCCGCAAGCCCGACUUCGCGACCCGCGUCUCCCUCAGCCGCCUGCUCAUGGAGGUCCAGCUUGAACCGCUCGCCAUGUCCGUCCUGGAGGGCCUCGUCCGCGAGGACGACCAGAGCGUCGAGUGCUGGUACCUCGGCGGCUGGUGCCAGGUGCUCAUCUCCCAGAAACCCGACGCCGACGCGGUCCCCGAAGCCGCGGCCAAGUGCCACGAGACCGCGAAGCAGUGGCUGGAGAAUUGCCUCCGGCUGUACCGUGUGCUGGGGUACGAGGACGAGCGGCUCCGGGAGCACGCGGUGGAGUUGGUGCACGGUUUGAACAAGGAGUUGGGUGUCGAAGGCGAGAUGGACGAGGAGGAAGGCGACCCCUGGGAGGAUGUGGAUGACCAGGACGAUGAGGAGGAGGGGGACGACGAAGACCUUGAGAUUGAAGGCGAGGGGGAGGACGAGGUCGGUGGUCAUCCUGGCGCUAGGGCUUGGGAUGAGGACGUGGAGAUGACCUAAUUCCGCCAUGUAGAAUGCCUCGUCACGAUAAAACAAAACGACAGCAGCGACCUGGGAGGUCAUAAAAGGGAACCAGGACGGUUUUCAUGACGAAUAUUGACGACCCGCCUGUGUACGUUGAGGACAUCAAUUUUGCACAUUCCUCUUCCCGUUGAUGACAGCUCCUAUAUCAUCUGAAUUUCUCCAAAGCAUCCCGCCCUGCUAUGUCUGGGUAUUGAAGACACGCGUAAAGGU